AUGAUACGCAAACAAGCCCGCGAGCGCCGCGACUACCUCUACCGCCGCGCCCUCACCCUGCGCGACGCCGAACUCGCCUCCAAACGCGCCGCCCUCAAAGCCUCGCUCGCCUCUGGCAAGCCCCUCGCCAAAGACCUCGCCGAAGACUCGACGCUCCGCACCGACUACAAAUACGACGAAUCGCGCGCCGACCGCACCGCAGAGGAAGAACUCGGCCUCGACGACGAAUACGCGCAACUUUCCGGCGUCGUGGACCCGCGCAUCUUGGUCACCACGAGUCGCGAUCCGAGUUCGAGGUUGGGGACGUUUGCGAAGGAGAUACGCUUGUUGCUGCCGACGGCGAUUAGACUCAAUCGUGGUAAUUUGAUAUUGAACAAUCUGGUAUCGAGUGCGCAAUCGUCUGGACUCAGCGACAUUAUUUUACUUCAUGAACACCGCGGUACACCUACUGCUCUGACCGUAUCACAUUUCCCACAUGGACCGACGGCAAGCUUUAGUUUGCAUAAUGUGGUGCUGAGGGCGGACAUUCCGAACAGUGCGAGGGGGACGGUGAGCGAGAGUUAUCCGCAUUUGAUAUUCGAGGGGUUCUCCACGAAGUUGGGCGAGCGCGUUGUUCAGGUUCUCAAGCAUCUUUUCCCGCCGAGGGAGGGCACGGCCAAGGUGGGAAAUAGGGUCGUCACAUUCAAAAACAUCGAAGACACGAUCGAAGUCCGACACCACGUCUUCGUCAAAACAGGCUACCAGGCCGUCGAGCUCGCAGAAGUCGGACCGCGGAUGAGCAUGAGGUUAUUCGAGAUCCGGGCCGGCACGCUGGAGAACAAGGAGGGCGAUGUCGAAUGGCAUUUGAACCAGUACACGCGCACAGGCCGGAAGAAGGAGUACUUGUAG